AUGCUAAAAGACAGUGGCCGUGAACGUAUCAAUGCUGUCUACGGCACAAAAGAACAAUGUCGAAAAGAAUUUCAAGAUGAAAUUACUCGACUACGUAAUCAAUUUCAAUCAGAAAAAAAUGCUGAAUUGGCUCGCGUACAAGAACAUAUUCGUGAAUUAGAAGAUGCAUUAGAUCAUGUCUCAACUGAAAAUGCUGAUGCAACUUUACGUCAACAUGAAUUAUUUCUAAAUUUGGAAACAUCGGAAAAAACUUGUGUUCGUUCAAUAAAUGAUUGUAUUAAAAAAUUGCUCAUGGCAAUGGAUAGUCCAUCUAAUGUCUAUGCUAAAAUUUCACAUAUGACGUCAUUGCCAUAUGAUCGAGAAUCAAUUGUUCAAAGAUUACCAACUCGAAAUGCACUUAAAUCACUUCAAGAUACAGUUGAUGAUAUUAAAAAUUAUAUUGUUGAACAAAAAGUACAAAUUGAAGGAAAAACAAAAUUUUUAAGUAAAUCAAAUGUAUUAACAGAUCGAACAACAGAUUAUUCAAAUCGAACAUCUGAUAAUGAAAAUAGUAGUAGUGGUAGUCGAAAUGAUGUUGGAGAAAUCUAUAAAUAUCCUAAAACAAUUGAUUUACAAACAGAUUUAAAUUUAUCUGAAAUAAUAAAAAAUGAUUUUCAUUCAUGUAUUUUUAUUCAAUACCAUUCAAAUGAUAAUUUUUUACAAAGAAAAUUUCUUUGGCAUCAAGAUUGGAUACCUAAAUAUCAAUUAAAAGAACGACAUUAUGAAGAUGAUUUUGAAUUUUUUAAAGAUAAUAUUUGUCUCGGACAAUUUAGUUAUGUUACUGCAAUACUCAUUCGUGAAUGGCUAGCAGUUAAAUGUAACGAAUAUCAUGUACAUAUGGAAAAACAUGAUUUUCGUCAUAAGUUUUCAUCAUUUAUUCGUGGCAAGAAUCAAACUGAUAGAUAUGUUAGUUAUUUGGCACCAACAGAAGUUCAACGACUUCAUGCUGAAUUAUCCAAUUCUUUAUGUUGUGCUAUUCUUAACUUGAAUGAUAAUCAAAUACAUUUAAAUGAUGCUCUUGCUCGUUUAAUAAGUUUAAAAACUGAUUAUACAAAAGAAUGGUAUGAUAAUAAUUGGUAUUGUGAUUAUAAUGAUGGUCUUCUUCGUUAUCUUAUGAUGAGUGUUUCGUUACAUGCUACAUUUGCAAUGAAUUUAAAUUUAAAAUCAAAUAUUGAAUAUUAUCAACUAUUUAUUCGAAAUUUAUUAACUGAAAGUGAUAAUCCAUUAAAAGGACGUAUUUAUGAAUUAGGAUCAAUACAAUUUUUAACAGCUAUACUUUGUGAUCUUGGUGGAGAAGAUUCAAAUAUAUGGAAACAUUCAUAUAAUGGAAAAAUAUUACAUACAUUAUUAAAACAUGGUUUGAAUUCAUCAACAAUUAAACCUGAAAUACAUGAGAAUGAACAAAUUGAAGCUUUUUUUACACAAUCAAUAAUUCAAUCUUAUCAUCAUUUUAGUCUUUUUGCUAAACAAAUGCAUCAUAAAGGAGCAAAAUUUCUUAUUCUACCAAAUGAAAAUAGUUCAAUAAAAACUUCUAAUAUGUCCUAUUAUGCUCCAGCAAUGAAAUAUUUAUUAGAUGGACAUAUGUGGACAAAAUAUAUUCAUCAUUUAGAUUAUACAUCAGAAUAUGGUACUGUUAAAUUACAUAAUAUACUUAUUGGUGAAAUAUGUCUUAUACAUCAUCAUAUUUUUAUUAUUCCAUUACAACAUAAUGUAAUGAUAACACAUAGUAAUCGUUUGAUUAUACAUUCCGAUCAAAUUGAAAUAAAUAUUAUUGUUAAUCAACAAGAAAAUUAUUUAAAUAAUCGUCAUAUUUAUUUUAUUGUUGAUAGUCAUAAACAAAAUGACUAUUCGAAUAUUUUAGUUCGAACAAUUGAAUCAACUAAUAAUUGUGUUGUUUGUUAA